CGCUCCGCCCCCGCGGGGCGUCCCGGGCCGCUCGUCCCCCUCGGCGGCGGCCGCGCGCGCGGCCCGGGGUCGCCCAGACACCAAGCAGCAAUAGUCCUUCAAGAAAGGCUGAAUUUUUCUUGGCUUCUACAGUGACAAAGACCUUGAGAACGUUAGUACUCCUGACUCUGCUGCCAUCCCUCCAUCAUCCUACCACUCGGCCUGAAACAGCCUUGGUCAGCCUUGGUCGCUUGUUAGUGCCUCCCUGUUCCUUCAUUCAUCCAGACCAGCGCCUGACUGUUUAAAAACAAACAAACAAAAACCCCACAAAACCAGCCCCCAGAUCUUCAUGUUUGGGUUCUCAGCUGCUUCUUGAAGGACAGUGACUUGGUACCAUCACUACAGCAGAGCCUGCCACCCCCAGCAGAUCUCGUGUCAGCCCCCGAUAUUGCUCACUCCCUUGUCUCCCUUUGUGGCCUCCUAAAUGUUCAUCUUGUUGGCUUGGGUUCAGCUGGUGGUAUGGAGGGGUGCUGCCUAGCACUGAACUGGGAGUGUGUGUGAUCCACUGACCCAAUGGACAUCAAAGGCCAGUUCUGGAAUGAUGAUGAUUCGGAGGGAGAUAAUGAAUCAGAGGAAUUUCUCUAUGGAGUUCAGGGGAGCUGUGCAGCUGAUCUGUAUCGACACCCCCAGCUUGAUGCAGACAUUGAAGCGGUGAAGGAGAUCUACAGUGAGAACUCUGUAUCCGUCAGAGAAUAUGGAACUAUCGAUGACGUGGACAUUGAUCUCCACAUCAACAUCAGCUUCCUCGAUGAGGAAGUUUCUACAGCCUGGAAAGUCCUCAGGACAGAACCUAUUGUAUUGAGGCUGCGAUUUUCUCUCUCACAAUACCUUGAUGGACCAGAACCGUCAAUUGAGGUUUUCCAGCCAUCGAAUAAGGAAGGGUUUGGAUUGGGUCUUCAGUUGAAAAAGAUCCUAUGUAUGUUUACAUCCCAACAAUGGAAACAUCUAAGCAACGAUUUCUUGAAGACACAGCAGGAGAAGAGGCACAGUUGGUUCAAGGCGAGUGGUACUAUCAAGAAGUUCCGGGCUGGCCUCAGUAUCUUCUCACCAAUCCCCAAGUCUCCCAGUUUCCCUAUCAUACAGGAUUCCAUGCUGAAGGGCAAACUGGGUGUGCCAGAACUUCGGGUUGGGCGCCUCAUGAACCGUUCUAUUUCUUGUACCAUGAAGAACCCCAAAGUAGAGGUGUUUGGCUACCCUCCGAGCCCCCAGGCAGGUCUUCUGUGCCCCCAGCACGUGGGCCUCCCUCCCCCAGCACGGACCUCUCCUUUGGUCAGUGGUCACUGUAAGAACAUCCCCACUCUGGAAUAUGGAUUCCUUGUCCAGAUCAUGAAGUAUGCAGAACAGAGAAUUCCAACCUUGAAUGAGUAUUGUGUGGUGUGUGAUGAGCAGCAUGUCUUCCAGAAUGGGUCUAUGCUCAAGCCAGCUGUCUGUACUCGUGAACUGUGCGUCUUCUCCUUCUACACCCUGGGAGUCAUGUCUGGAGCUGCAGAAGAGGUGGCCACAGGAGCUGAGGUGGUGGAUCUGCUGGUGGCCAUGUGUAGGGCAGCUUUGGAGUCCCCUCGAAAGAGCAUCAUCUUUGAGCCUUACCCCUCUGUGGUGGACCCCACUGAUCCCAAGACUUUGGCCUUUAAUCCUAAGAAGAAGAAUUAUGAGAGACUUCAAAAAGCUCUAGAUAGUGUGAUGUCCAUACGGGAGAUGACCCAGGGCUCAUAUCUGGAAAUCAAGAAGCAGAUGGACAAGCUGGACCCCUUAGCCCAUCCUCUUCUGCAGUGGAUCAUCUCUAGCAACAGGUCACAUAUUGUCAAACUACCUCUCAGCAGGCAGCUGAAGUUCAUGCACACCUCACACCAGUUCCUCCUGCUGAGCAGUCCUCCUGCCAAGGAGGCUCGGUUCCGGACCGCCAAGAAGCUCUACGGCAGCACCUUUGCCUUCCAUGGGUCCCACAUUGAGAACUGGCAUUCGAUCCUGCGCAAUGGGCUGGUUAAUGCAUCCUACACCAAACUGCAGCUGCAUGGAGCAGCCUAUGGCAAAGGCAUCUACCUGAGCCCCAUCUCCAGUAUUUCCUUUGGAUACUCAGGAAUGGGAAAAGGACAGCACAGGAUGCCCUCCAAGGAUGAGUUGGUUCAGAGAUAUAACAGGAUGAAUACCAUCCCUCAGACUAGAUCCAUUCAGUCAAGGUUCCUGCAGAGUCGGAAUCUAAACUGUAUAGCACUUUGUGAAGUGAUUACAUCUAAGGACCUCCAGAAGCAUGGAAAUAUAUGGGUGUGCCCUGUGUCUGACCAUGUCUGCACACGGUUCUUCUUUGUAUAUGAGGAUGGUCAGGUGGGCGAUGCCAACAUUAAUACUCAGGACCCCAAGAUACAGAAGGAAAUCAUGCGUGUGAUCGGAACUCAGGUUUACACAAACUGAGGGGGCCCCAGCCCUCGUACCACCCCCAUUUCCCUAGGAUCCAUCUGCCCUUAUUAAAGGGCUUGGGAACAGAGGCAAGGCUGCCCUGAUGGAUCAAGGGGCCACUACCAAGGAACAGGAAAAAAGAGAGAAGAGGCGGCCUUCGUGGUGGAGUUUCACCCAGGAACCACUCCAUCUUUGGAUGGCCCAGAGUGGUUCCCUACCCAAUUUUCCCAGUUGAUUUCACCCUGUUUGUAAAUAAAACAAUAAAAUGGAAGGUGCUGUGGACUG